AUGGCUCCGUCAGCGGCUGAGCUCGAAACCGCCCUCGUCGAAGCUACGUGCAACGUCUACAAGGCGGACCCAGACGCGACGACUGUCAACAAGGUGCGCCGACACACAGAGGAGACGCUCGGUCUCGAAGAGGGAUUCUUCGCCGAGGGUGAAUGGAAGCAAAAGAGCAAAGAGAUCAUCAAGGAGCAUGUGACCAAACUACUUGAUGGCUGGACUCUUCCUAUGCCGGACAAGGAUGAGGAGGGCGAGGCCGGCGACAAGCAUGGCGUAAAGCGAACAUCCCCCGAACCUGAAGAAGCCAGCGCGGCUCCCAAGAAGAGGCUCAAGGCCGCCGCACCCAAGAAAGCCGCCGCUCCCAAAGCCGCCGCACCCAAAAAGGUAACCGCGUCGAAAAAGGCAGACCCCCGGCCCAAGAACGAUACGCCGAAAAUCAAUAACGACGACGACGACAACGACAACGGUGACCAUAUCGAAGCCGCGGAGGAGCCCGAAGAAAAGCCGGAAGAAGAAAAGCAACCGGAAGAAGAGGCCAAGCCGCCCGUCGUAGACGAGGAAGAAGAGUACUCGGACGUGAUAGAUGAACCGCAAGCCCCUCGCAAGCGCAAAUUCGCCAAAAAUGCCAAACCCAGUAACAACAGCAAGAAGGCCAAGCCCGCCAAAAGGGAGAAGAAGACGACGGCCGCAUCCGCAACGCCCGACAACCCGGACGAGACUGAAAUCAAGAAACUCCAAGCUCAGCUAGUCAAGUGCGGCAUCCGCAAGCUAUGGCACAAUGAGCUGAAGCGCCACGGCGACGACGCGCGCGCCAAGAUCCGCCACCUGCGCAAGAUGCUCACCGACGUCGGUAUGGAGGGGCGCUUCUCCGAGGCGCGCGCCCGUGAGAUCAAGAACACCAGGGAGCUCAUGGCCGAGGCCGAGGCGGCCCAAGAGAUGAACGCCCUCUGGGGGACGGAGACGAGUGGACGGGCUAGCCGUAGCAAGGCCAAGGCUGCACAGCCCCAGAGACCCACCAAGGCCGAGGUGCUGGAUGAGGAUGCCAGCUUUGCGGUCAGGAGACGUAGGGCACAGGCUGGCUUAGCGUUUCUCGGGGACUACAGCGAAUCGGACUGA